AUGAAGGCCGAGAUGGCGUCCCCCGCGUUUGCGCCCGUGUACGCUGCGCUGGUGGCGGUGGUGAACACCAAGUUCCCCGAGAUCGGGCUGCUGCUGCUGCACCGCGUAGUGGGGCGCUGGAAGAGGGCCUACAGGUCCAACGACAAGCCCGUCUGCCUGGCGCUGGUCAAGUUCAUGGCACACCUCAUCAACCAGGGUGUUGCCCACGAGCUGCUGGCCCUGGAGCUGCUGGUGCUGAUGCUGGAGAACCCCAGCGACGACGGCGUGGAGGUGGCAGUGGACUUCUGCAAGGACGUGGGGGCAUACCUGCAGGACGUGGCCCCCGCCGGGCUGCACUCUGUGUUUGAGCGCUUCCGCGCUAUCCUGCACGAGGGGUCCAUCGACAGGCGCUGCCAGUACAUCAUUGAGGGCCUCUUUGCGAUACGCAAGGCCGGGUUCGACAAGAGCGGACACCCACAGGUCCAGGCCGCCCUGGACCUGGUUGAGUCAGAGGAUCAGGUGACUCACGAGGUGUCACUCGACGACGCGGUGGACCCACAG